AAUACAUAUGAUAUUGCUCCGCUCCUAAAACCCUAGCCACUUUCCCUCAUAUAAAUUCCCCUAGUUUAGCCCCUUUCCGUUGUCUGUUGCAACUUACAAGCUCGGCCAUCAACCCUAUUAGCAUCCUUCGGCUUCUAGACCUACUCAGCUUUUAGCCAUGUCGAGGAGAAAGACAAGAGAGCCAAAGGAAGAGAAUGUUACACUUGGCCCAACUGUAAGGGAGGGAGAGCAUGUUUUCGGGGUGGCUCACAUUUUUGCUUCAUUUAAUGAUACCUUUAUUCAUGUGACUGAUUUGUCUGGGAGGGAAACCCUGGUCCGCAUUACUGGUGGUAUGAAGGUUAAAGCUGACAGGGAUGAAUCUUCACCAUAUGCUGCUAUGCUUGCUGCACAGGAUGUUUCACAGAGAUGCAAGGAACUUGGCAUUACUGCUCUUCACAUCAAGCUGCGUGCUACAGGAGGUAACAAAACUAAGACCCCUGGUCCAGGUGCUCAGUCUGCUCUGAGGGCAUUGGCUCGUUCUGGAAUGAAAAUUGGUCGCAUUGAGGACGUCACACCAAUUCCUACUGACAGCACCCGCAGAAAGGGUGGAAGAAGGGGUAGAAGGCUGUAAGCUGUCUCUCAUCAUAGCAGUUCCAUUAUGGGUGGUGGUGCUUUGAUUGCUUGGCGACCGUUCUUUUCAAUCCGGGAUGUUUUUGUAGUUUUUAUUAUCCUAUCAGGAGUUGUUGACUUUGAAUUUAUAUUUAAGCUUUGUAGAAACAUAAAGAUAUGAUGGAGUUUUGCUUGUGACUUUGAUGUUCUAAAUGAGGUCAUUACUUGUAUUGAAGUAAUAUUUUUUUUGA